AUGGACUCAUGGCCCACCCUCCAAUCCCUCAGUCAAUGCGUCCUCGCCGCCACAUCCAUCUACCUCGCGCCCCUAGCACAACCCCUAUCCCUCAUGGCGCUCAUCGCGACGGCCAACCGUCUGCGCCCGCGUCCUCCGCAGGCCGUCGAAGCCCCGAAUGCGCGCCCGGUACAAGCAGGGUUCCUGGCCUUCGUCCUGGCGGCGGCUUACUUGGCGUUCCGCGAUACCGUGGCCGCGAUGACGGACACGCGGGGCGUCGAGGCUGGGCUUAAAAUCGCGCUUUGCUAUCGCGUGGCGCAGUGUCUGGAGGCGAGGUUUUGGUUUUUGGGGGGUCUGGUUGUGGUGCUGGGGCGCUGGAUGGGGAGGGUGGUGAGGAGGGUAGGGGCUUUGAUGGGGGUUGGGGGAGGGGAGACGCGGGCUGUGAGUCCGCUGGGCGCGGAGGGUGCGUCGGAGUCGGGUGGGACUGGAGAGACGCUGCUGGGAGCGCCUUGUGAGCAACGUGAGUCGUCUGGGACUGUGGACAACGAGGAAUCUGUCGCUGGUGCCUCUAACGCCGAGGGCGCGGCUGGUUUGAGCCUGACUGAGCGGCCACUGCUAGAGGCCCCCGACAGUGCUGAGUCAACCGCAGCUGAUUCAAGUCAGGAUACUCCCGCUGACGUGUCUGGAGCUGGAGAGUGUGUGGGUGAUGUCCCUGAAGACGGGGAUCAAGAGAAGGCGGAAACCGGGGAGCCUUCGCCCGAGGUUGUGGUAGAAAUCGAAUGGGUGGACGUUGGACGUGACGUCCCGAGUCAGACGAACGGGACUAUGAAUGAUGGCAUGAUGAAGGGGCCUCGACGAAGAAGCAGGAAGAGGAAACAGGAAGUAGGAGUGGUGGAAACUGCUGAGGUUCCUGUAGGCGAUCAUGGGUCAUCAUUGUGA